UUGGUGUCUAUGGUGCCGCGCCGCGGUGUUUGCUGGGAUACCUCCGCCCUCCCCGUAGUCCUCCCAGUUUGCGCUGCCUGAGGUCCGUGUCUUGUAGCAAGAUGGCGGCGCUGGGCUCGGGCUGACAAGACAAGCAGAAGAAGGAGGAAAAAAACAAACAACAAAUCACAAAAAAAUAAAACAACAAAUCAACCACAAGCAAUACCCGCCGCCGGUGAUCUGAGUCCUCGCUGUUCUCGUCGAGGUGUGACAGGCCCUGAUAUAACCCCCCACCGACCCCGGGCUGGCUGGCUCUCCACACCCCAAUAGACAGACACCCGAUACAGACUGCGGCCCCACACUCACAGCAUCACUCAGGCUGUGCAUAUAGGGCAGCAACGUGCUGCAUGCACACAUACACACAUAUAUAUAUAUAUAUAUAUAAACACACAUAUAUAUUUAUAUACAGCAUCAUUUACUGUGCAGAAUAGGUAGCCAUUCAUAGUGUUGCUAAUAUUAGCCCUGACAGCUUGAUGAAAACUGUCAAAUGAGCACACAGCAGUGACACCCUAAGUACAAAACCCAAUUGCACCUCAAGGGCAAAUACCAGGGGCUCGUGUAUAUCUAAUAGCUGCUUGCAAACCAUCCAGGAGCGGAGAGGCACAUAUAUAGGAAGAGCAGGGACUGAGCAAUCUGCCUAGUACACACAUUUUUGAUUAUUACAACUGUUUGUAUGGCCCAAGGGUCUGUGAUUGUGUAGUAGUUGUGGUUGUUUGUUAGCGGGUUCUCGCAUGAGUUCCCCGGACCGGAGUCGGCGGCAGCAGGAGAGAGAGGGAGCCCCGGAGCCCGAGAAGAGGAAGACACAAACCCCCUGCAGCAGCCAGGAACACAGCCCCGUUGGAGACAGGUCACCAGGAGAUACUCAUUCAGAUAACCUAGAAAAUAGCCGGAUGAAGCGAGCAGCUGCCAAGCAUCUAAUAGAACGCUACUACCACCAGUUAACUGAGGGUUGUGGAAAUGAUACCUGCACGAAUGAGUUUUGUGCUUCCUGUCCUACUUUUCUUCGUAUGGAUAACAAUGCAGCAGCCAUUAAGGCCCUCGAGUUAUAUAAGGUUAACGCAAAACUCUGUGAUCCUCAUCCCUCCAAGAAAGGAACCACCUCAUCCUAUCUAGAAAACAACUCGAAAAGCGCCCAUAACAACUCGUGCACAGAAAGAAAGAUGAACAGGAAAGAAGUACACGGACCGCGUGAUGACUUUAAAGAUGUGGCUUUCUUAUCAGAAGAAAAGGUGUAUGAAAUCCUUGAAUUAUGUAGAGAAAAAGAGGACUACUCUCCUCUUAUUCGAGUAAUUGGUAGAGUUUUUUCCAGUGCCGAAGCCUUAGUUCAGAGCUUCCGAAAAGCUAAACAGCAUACAAAAGAAGAACUAAAAUCCUUGCAAGAAAAGGAUGAAGAUAAGGAUGAAGAUGAGAAAGAGAAAGCUGCUUCAUCUGCAGCUGCUAUGGAAGAAGAUUCUGCCGCAUCGUCCUCAAGGUUAAGUGACAAUGCACAAGGAGAUAACAACAUUCAUAAAUUAGGUCCAGAAGAAGUGUCACUAGAUAUUGAAGCAGUUAGACGGGUCUACCACAGGUUACUUUCUAAUGAGAAAAUAGAAUCUGCUUUUCUUAAUGCACUUGUGUACCUUUCUCCCAAUGUGGAAUGUGACUUAACUUAUCAUAACGUUUAUUCUCGAGAUCCCAACUAUCUCAAUUUAUUCAUAAUUGUGAUGGAGAAUGGUAAUCUCCAUAGCCCAGAAUACCUGGAAAUGGCUUUACCAUUGUUCUGCAAAGCAAUGAGUAAAUUGCCCCUGGCAGCACAGGCAAAGUUGAUCAGACUUUGGUCAAAGUACACUGCUGAUCAGAUUCGACGAAUGAUGGAAACGUUUCAACAACUGAUCACAUACAAGGUUAUAAGUAAUGAGUUUAACAGUCGCAAUCUAGUUAAUGAUGAUGAUGCUAUUGUUGCCGCAUCAAAAUGCUUGAAAAUGGUUUACUAUGCAAACGUUGUGGGGGGAGAGAUUGAAACUGAUCACAAUGAAGAUGAAGACGAGGAGCCCAUCCCUGAAUCCAGUGAACUAACCCUUCAAGAACUUCUAGGGGAAGAACGAAGAAAUAAAAAAGGCCCUAGAGUAGACCCUAUUGAAACGGAGUUGGGUGUUAAAACUAUUGAUUGCAGAAAACCGCUCAUCCCUUUUGAGGAAUUUGUUAAUGAACCAUUAAAUGAUGUUCUUGAAAUGGACAAAGACUAUACGUUCUUUAAAGUGGAAACUGAAAAUAAAUUCUCCUUUAUGACCUGCCCUUUUAUCCUGAAUGCAGUAACAAAGAAUCUGGGUUUAUACUAUGAUAACCGGAUCCGUAUGUACAGUGAGCGACGAAUCACUGUGCUCUACAGUCUAGUGCAAGGACAGCAACUUAAUCCUUACUUGAGGCUCAAAGUCCGGCGGGAUCACAUCAUUGAUGAUGCACUUGUUAGGCUAGAAAUGAUUGCCAUGGAAAACCCUGCUGAUCUGAAAAAGCAAUUGUAUGUGGAAUUUGAGGGAGAACAAGGAGUAGACGAGGGAGGUGUUUCUAAAGAAUUUUUCCAACUUGUUGUAGAAGAAAUUUUUAACCCUGAUAUUGGUAUGUUUACUUAUGAUGAAUCUACUAAACUGUUUUGGUUUAAUCCAUCAUCUUAUGAGAACGAAGGACAGUUCACGCUAAUUGGAAUUGUUCUUGGCCUUGCAAUUUACAAUAAUUGCAUUCUAGAUAUUCAUUUUCCAAUGGUUGUUUAUAGAAAGCUGAUGGGGAAGAAAGGAACUUUUCGUGACCUUGAAGACUCUCAUCCUGUUCUCUUUCAGAGUUUAAAGGACCUUUUGGCAUAUGAGGGCAAUGUUGAAGAUGAUAUGAUGAUCACUUUCCAGAUCUCUCACACUGAUCUGUUUGGGAAUCCAUUAAUGCAUGACCUGAAGGAAAAUGGCGAUACAAUCCCUAUUACCAAUGAGAACAGGAAGGAAUUUGUCAAUCUUUACACAGAUUACAUCUUAAAUAAAUCAGUAGAAAAACAGUUUAAAGCAUUCAGAAGGGGAUUUCACAUGGUUACCAAUGAAUCACCACUGAAGUAUCUGUUUAGACCAGAGGAGAUUGAACUCCUCAUCUGUGGAAGUCCGAAUUUAGACUUUCAAGCUCUAAAAGACACAACGGAAUAUGAUGGUGGCUACACUCGAGAAUCAAAUAUUAUUAGAGAUUUCUGGGACAUAGUGCAUUCAUUUACAGAUGAACAGAAAAGGUUAUUCCUGCAGUUUACAACCGGCACAGACAGGGCACCUGUGGGAGGACUGGGUAAACUAAAGAUGAUUAUAGCCAAAAAUGGCCCUGACACAGACAGGUUACCAACAUCUCACACAUGCUUUAAUGUCCUUUUGCUUCCGGAGUACUGCAGCAAAGACAAACUGAAAGAGAGAUUGUUAAAAGCUAUCACAUACGCCAAGGGGUUUGGCAUGCUGUAAAAUGAAAAUGGCAAACAAGCUCAACAAAAGGGAUCACAAUAGUUGAAAUUGAUAUCCCUGUUCAAAAAGGCCAUAAGAUAGCAAGCUACAACUAGUCGACUGUGUGUGUGCCUCCCUUCUCCUUUGAGGACAGUGGGCUGGAACAGCAGAUUUCAGCUGCUUGUAUGAACAACAAUUAUUUUGGGGUUUUGUUUUUGUUUUUUUCUUUGUUUUGGUUUGUUUGGGGACUUUUCCAGCUAGUGUGAAAGUGUUGUACAAUCUUUCACAUUGAUGUACAGAAACAUUUUCCUGAAUAUUUAUUUUUAAGGGUUAAAUCACUUUUGCUUGUAUUACAUACUGCUUGAACUUGAACCUAUUUGAGUAUUGGAAAAUGUACUACUCUCAUGUGAAAAAUUUGCCAUCGUUAAGCAGAAAACCUAUCUUUCAAGUGUAUGCUUAUUUGUCUAUGUCCAUGUGUCCCUGCAGCUAAUCGGGAACUGUGCUUUCAUUUUACGUUUUUCUUUUUCCUUUUUAUUUUAUCAUUAUUAUAAAUUUGCUUUUGAAACUUGAAUUCAUUGAAUACCAUGUGAUGCAAUGACUGCUGUUCUAGCCCCAACGAAUUUCUGUGAGAAGAUAAUGUAGUCAAUAAAGAUGGAAGGGAGUACUUGGAAUGUUAACAUGCAGCCUUGCAAACUUUUUACUUUAGUCACAGCACAAAAAAUUAAAGAGAAAAUCACUUCACUAUUUGUUGUCCUCAAGUCUUGUAAACUAUAUUGUUUCGUUUAAAAAACAAAAAAAGAGAGAGAGAAAGCAAUUUGAUAACAAUGGUAUAUCAAAGGGAUAUAGAGUUUAGCGCGGUUUUAUUUUUCCAAUGACCGUUUACUGGCAGAAAUGCAUUUUUGGCCAAAUGUUCUGUGGUAGAUGGUGGACUUAUUAAAUUUAUGAGCAUUAGCUAUUUCCUUAUUAUAAAACAAAAAAGCAUGUGGAAGUGCACUUAAAGAAUAUUAAUUACAUAUUACGUUAACAAUAAAAUAGACAAUCCAAAGUCUUCCCUACAUAUUAUGUUGAAAUCCUUUAAUUUUGUGUUGUUUUGUAUUUUAUUCAAUGCACAUAAUUUUGUGCUGCUUCAUAAUUAGUAGGGAUUGUCCUGGCUUCUCUCCAAGACAGAUCAGAAGAAUUGCAAAAAUAACGUAAUAAAAAAAUAGUAUCUUACCAUCUAUAAAUAGGCUUCAUUAUUUCUUUUUAAAUUGAGGGUUUAAAUCAUAUCGGAAUGUAUUUGUGUACCUUUCUUGGACUUCUAUGUGUGACGUUAACUUCAUUUUGCAAUAGUAAAUAAAGGGAUUAUUCAUUUUUAACCAAGGAUAAAAUUAGUAUAUCUUUUAGUAAACUGUUGCUGCAGAUAUACAAAACUGAGUUUGUGCCUUGACAGCUGCGCAAAAAUGUUCUGAUGGUUUAAUAGUUUAUUUAAAAUCUGCAGUAUAAAGGCUAUAUAUUUUCCGGUUUCUUCUAGAAUAUUUUUUAUUAAGUAAGCCCAUGAAUAGUUUUUUUUUUUUUGUUUUGUUUAGUUUUUUUAUGUGUGUAAAGUACAGUGAUUGUACUAAAGGGUUUUUUUUUUUUUUUGUUUGUUUUUUUGUUUAACUGCACAGUUAAAAGCCCAAUUCAUUCUGCUUUUUAUUAUAUAGGUUUGUAUCCCAAACUUUAGAAGUCACCAUUAAUAAAUGUAUAAGAUAGCAGAAAAUUAUGUAUUAUUUAGCUCUUUUCAUAUACAUUAACUGGAUAUACAUGUGUAACCACAAAUUUUGAUACUUCUGGUAAUGUGGUUUUGCUAAAUUUUGUACUGGAACUAUCCAGAAAUCAUCCCAUGAGCUGCCAAUAAAUUUUAUGUGAAACAUU